AUGGUUUUAGGAAAGAACUAUGUGUGGCUUGAUCCCUUUGUAAGGGUUGAAAUUUUUGGGAAAUGUUCAAUGUAUAAGGGAAACUCUGCCGAAAUUUCGGCAGAAAGUCUCGUGCCCCUACUUCUUUUGGAAAAGGUGGUUACAGUUUUAGUGAGUGGGCCCGACAUCGGGAUGAUGUCGGGAAUUCCACAGGAUUCGUCCCAGGUUUCGAGAAAUUCGGGGCGGGUCCUGUCACAAAGAAGUUUUGAGUUGCUGGAAAAAUCUUUUGAGGACAUUCGUGGGAAGCUUACAAGAUUGGUGUCAUCAAGAGCUCAUGUCGAGGAACCCAAUGGAGAUGUCGGAACAAGUUAUCCCCAACUCAGAAUCAAAGAUCCACAUCGAGUGAAAGUAAAAGGGCGUGCGAAAAGAGUUAAAGAAGAAAAAGAGAACGCAGUGCAACGACAUAAACGUUGGUGCACUGAAUGUAGGAAGACUGAAGACGGAGUUGUCCAAAACUUGCGAGCCUGUAACUCUUCAUCUUCCAACACAAAAUUUGGUGGUCCAGUUGGUGAGAAUUUGCAGCCCACUCAGAGCACGCAAGACAGUGAACCUACUAUGAUAGAGUCAUUUAUGCAAGAGUUUGAUUUCAUACAGGGUUAUGGCGACCCAGUCAAUAUCUUUGUGGACAUCUGCAGCAAAUCGUCGGAAUUUCUCAAAACCUUCGUUGAAAGCCACAAACAUUGCCUGGCCUUGGUUGUCGACUUAUUUGUGGAUGCUCAAAGAUUCCGGGAUCAUCGGAGUCCCCCUCGCUUGUGGAGGAGGUUGGAAGAGGCAGCGGUGGUGGAGGGGACCUUGGAUAAUCAGGGGCAUAUUCCCAUGAGCCAUCGGAGUCCCCCUAGUUCACUUUGGCGCUUGAACUGGCGGACAUGUUGA